UCUCCGUCUCCCUCUCCCUCCACCACCCGAAAAGAAGCCCAAGGCCUCCUCCUCCGCCGCUUCGAGAUCGGCCAUGUUCUCGGCCAUGGCAGCUUCGGCAAAGUCUACGUCGCUCGCAACAUCAAAACCAACGAACUCGUCGCCAUUAAAGUCAUCGACAAAGAGAAAGUCAUGAAAGGCGGUUUGAUCUCUCACAUCAAACGCGAGAUCUCCAUCCUCCGCCGUGUACGCCACCCCAACAUCGUCCGUCUCUUUGAGGUAAUGGCCACGAAAACCAAAAUCUUCUUCGUUAUGGAAUACGUUAAAGGCGGUGAAUUAUUCAGUAAAGUCGCUAAAGGUCGAUUAACAGAAGACGUCGCUCGAAAAUAUUUCCAACAACUGAUUUCUGCAGUAGGGUUUUGUCAUGCACGAGGUGUUUAUCAUCGAGAUUUAAAACCAGAAAACAUUUUAUUAGACGAAGAUGGUGAUUUGAAGGUCUCCGAUUUCGGUCUGAGUGCAAUUUCCGAGCAAAUGUGCGGCGAUGGUCUGUUUCAUACCUUUUGCGGAACUCCCGCGUACGUCGCGCCGGAGGUUUUGGGCCGGAAAGGGUAUGAAGCAGCAAAAGUCGAUAUUUGGUCUUGUGGGGUAAUUUUAUUUGUUUUAAUGGCUGGUUAUUUACCAUUUCGUGAUCAGAAUAUAAUGGUUAUGUAUAAGAAGAUUUACAAAGGGCAAUUCCGGCGACCGAGAUGGUUCUCGCCGGAGCUAUCCCGUUUGUUAAAAAGAUUACUUGAUACAAACCCGGAAACCCGAAUCAGGAUUCCUGAAAUCAUGGAAGAUAAGUGGUUCAAAAAGGGUUUUAAACACAUUAAGUUUUAUGUUGAAGAUGAUGACAUGAUUAGUACUGUGAAAGAUAGAGGUACUGAAGAUUGUAUCGAUUAUUUUUCCGAUCAAUCUUUAUACUCCGAAUCCGAAAGUGAAAUGGAAGUUAAGAAGCGGUCUGUUAGUGGUAAUUUCCCGAGACCCAUGAGUCUAAACGCGUUUGAUUUGAUUUCGUUUUCGCCUGGAUUUAGUCUUUCUGGGCUGUUUGAAGACGGAACUGAGGAAUCAAGAUUUGUGACAGCAGCCCCAGUUUCUAGCAUUAUUUCGAAGUUGGAGGAGGUAGCGAAAGUGGUGAGUUUUUCGGUCAGAAGAAAGGAUUGUAGGAUUAGUUUAGAAGGGUCACGAGAGGGCGUGAAAGGCCCGUUAACGAUUACUGUUGAGAUAUUCGAAUUGACACCGAAUUUGAGAGUUAUAGAAGUUAAAAAGAAAGCAGGGGAUAAGAGUGAAUAUGAUGAGUUUUGUGCCAAUAAACUUGGUCCUGGAUUGCAGCCUCUGGUUCUAACUGGAUCUUCUGAACCAUCUUCACAUUUGCCUGCUGAUAACAAAUAAAGAAAGGAGCAGGAUUCAAAAGGGUCUUACGAAAAGUGGUUGGUCUCACUAGAAGGAGCUUCUUAUCUAUAUGGAGCUUCACACGUGUAGUUCCACAGGAAGCUUCAAAUGCAAAAGUAUAACA